UAAAAAGUAUUAAAAAAUAAGAAAAUCGAAGUGGUGGGGAUGAGCUUGGGGCAUUGAACAAAGGUUGACUGCGUCGGUUGUGGAGCCGGCGGUGCAUUCACGAUUCAAACAUGGCAGCGGCUACCAGCGUUGUCGUGCUCGAUAGAGGCAACAAUACCACCUGCACGAUUAAUUUACACGGGGCCACGGUCGUUUCCUGGCGCGUGAAUAAUCAAGAACAGCUGUUUGUCAGUAAGCAAGCUGUAUUCGAUGGGAAGAAAGCUAUUAGAGGAGGCAUUCCAUUUGUCUUUCCGCAAUUUGGAGCAUGGACGUUUGGGCCACCUCAUGGUUUUGCAAGAAUUAUUCGCUGGAACGUAGAAAAAUCACCCGAACGAUUGCCCAGCGGUGACGUCGAGGCAAUAUUCUCUAUAAUGGACAGCGAAUUCACCCGCUCGAUGUGGAACUAUCCAUUUAGGUUAACGUACAGACUAAUACUCCGAGAAAAGGAGCUACAUUUUAAUAUAGGCGUGUACAAUCCCAGUAAAGAUCACACGUUUAGCUUUAAUUUGCUGUUACACACCUACUUCAAAGUACCGGACGUUAGGAGAUGUCAAAUCACAGGUCUUCACGGAUGCACUUUCAUCGACAAGACGAGGGACAACCAAAUCUUUCAAGAGGGUCGCGACGUAGUGACGGUGUGCGAGUGGACGGAUAGAAUUUACCAGAACACGCAACCGGAACAUAUUAUCACUAACGUCGUAUCCGGUAGGAAAAUGCGAGUUCAAAAGUACAAUUUCCCCGACACCGUGGUUUGGAAUCCCUGGCAGGAGAAGGCACGCGACAUACCCGACUUCGGUGACGAUGAAUUCCCAAACAUGAUAUGCGUGGAAAGCGGACAUGUUAGCAGCCCGGUCAUAUUAUUACCUGGAACAGCAUUUGAGGCCAGUCAAAUCUUGCAGGUAAUGUGAGUAGAGGGUGGGCCAACUUCGCACGUAACGACCGGAAAUAAUGUCAAUCCGCUGCAUCCGGUAUCCUCUGCAUCAGGUACCGUCUGGCGGACCGGUGCCGGAUGGCUCUAUAUGCCACCACCUCCACCACCACCGCCACCAACAUCCUCGACACAUCAGUCGCACCUCCACGCGCAUUGUAUUGCUCAGACUUGCACUAUAUGUUCUCUCAAUCUUUAAACCAGCAUCUCUUAGAUCAAAUGGACAGAAGGCACUAAUUUUUACCACAACUGUUUUCAAUGUUCAGUUUCGCCAUUCUUUCAUAUCAAUUGCUUCGAUACUUUCAAUCCUGAACGAAUGAUACAUGUAUAAACAGGACCGUGACCUUUGCAACAGACGUCUUUAAAAGUAUAGCAACUAUUUUUACAUUUCACUAUCGGCCAAAAGUGUUUAUCUAAUCAACACUUAGUCUAAUCAUGUUUUUCUUGUCAUGGAAACCCUAAAGUUACAUAUGCUAUUAACUUCUUAAAAAUACUAAUCAAAUUCUUAUUGUCAAAUGCACAUCUCAACAAUUGAUCAGACAAAGGUGGUAGUGUAUGUGGAUCCAAGUACUCGAAAACCAACAGGCAAAGAGAACGAUAUAUUAUCAUUGCCCCGUCCGCCAAAAUACUUAGACACGGCUCUGUAUAUAAAUAUCAUUCUAUUGUGUUUAACAAUGCAGUGUACCAGAUACUGGAAAGCUCUCAAAAUCACUGACAAAAUAUCAAAGAAACACGAAUUUUAUAAAAGAAGUUUAUCAUCCAAUAGACUGUAAACAAUUUUAGAACGAUCGUCGUUUGAUAUAAUUGAAUUUUAGCAAAAUGAAUAAUUGAGUAUUAUACGUGCAUACGUAUGUAUCGAUCUAUACAUAUACAAUAAGAUUUAGUGCGAAUUCCUAUUUUUAAUAAUAUCAUAUUUGCCCAUAUAAUUUGUUUUAAAUUUUUUUCUUUCAAACGAUAAAAUGACACAUUUUGAUUUGUUGAUUAUUUAAUGUUAAUAAAAACAUAAAACAUUCCCAGAUAUUCGUUCAACUACUUAAUAUCGAUCUAACGAACAACGUUUCUUACGUAAUUAUUAAAAAAAUAAACAACUCGAACGUUCAGUUUCUAAAAAAAACAACGAACGUGUUUGUCCGGGCAAUAAAUUUGUUAAACUUUAAUUUUCAAACAAUUCUUUUGAAUAACAAAAAGUGUUUCUUCGCUUGAUGCUUUGUAAUUCGAUUAUUCGUUCUAUUCUUCUCAAUAGUAAUACUUGUUAUAUGUGACUGCUGAAUGCAUAAACAUUGCAAUACAUUAUACUGUUUAUUGUUAUAGUUUAUUAUCUGCUGCGAGAUAUCGACUACGAGUACUUUGUUUGUAAAAAAGCUUCGAAUAUUUUUUAACUAAUUUUAUGCUCAAGUAUUUCAUUGAAUAUUUUUUAUUUCAUAUAAACGCCGGAAAUAACUUGUAUGUAUAUUUUUAAUUAUUUUAAUAGUAGUUACACAGUUUUGUUCUACAAACACAAAAAGUAUUCAAUGUUCGUUAGAAAUCAUUUUCUUUUUUUUUACGGUAUACAUUCGACUUCCGUAUUCACUAAUUUUUUAUCUGCUAUCGAUACAUCGGAAUUUUGUUUUUCAUGUACUCAUACAAAGUUUCGCACAACGUGCUGUUUUAAUAACGCGACUACAAGUGUUUUCAAACGUAAGGAGCAAACUUUAGUUAAUUUCAUUAAGCCAUUUAUUGCGUGACUCAUCUACAAAACAAUACAGAUAUGGUGCUAAUGUUACAGAUAUAAUGUUGUAACAGUAGGUAGUUACAGUAGUUGGAACGCAGUCAACAUUCUUUAUUAUUGUUGUAGCUUUAGCAGCAGGGACAAAUUCUAUCGGACUUUUUAAGUACCAUUAUAUCCUCUAUAAUACCUUGUGCAAAAGGACAAAAAAAAAAAAACCAUACAGUAACAAUACACAAUCGAAAUAAUUGUAAGCAAAUAUUUAUACCGUAUAAUAUUAUAAUACUAGUAUAAAAAAAAAAAAACCAAUUUCAUGUGUGUACGAAACAUUUGUAAAAAUAUUCUCAUGUCGACGUGUUAUUCGCUAAUUAUCUUUCUAGUAACGAGAAACGACUUUAGAAAAUAUUUACACUCUGCCAUUCGAUUAUUGAUAUUUGAAUCGUCGUUAAAUAUUACAAUAUACAGUAAUUCCUACUUUGAAGUAACAAUUUUUUUUUAUAUCUGAUUCGAGUAAUUAAAUCAACCCCUCCUAUCGCCGUUUAUCUCUGCCAUAGUGCACGCCAGAUGGGAAACAUUUUAAUGGGGGAUUCUGGAGGCCAAAAUAAGACGAAAAUCAAGAAUACCAAUUUGUUGAUGGAGGCUUCGUUAAAAAGUUAUUA